AUGAGUAUGAUGUCGCCGAGCAUCGGCCUUCUGAAGCUGAUGCUGGCACGGGUACCGAUGAUACUGAAAACCCUCAUCCAACAUGGUAUUCACAUGUCCCCCGUCUCUGGUCGGCAAGACUUGCGCACCGAGUUGACAGUCGCAAUUAUUCGCUCGUUCAUGACCUUCAGUAAUUCUGUCACCAAGACCCAGCAGAAUAGUAUGCGCGACCCCGGCAUCAAAGGCCCUAUCUGGGUCUCCAAAGUCGUCCUGCCCAGCCCCGAAAUCGAUGUGCGAAAUGCAGUUCUGCACGCCAUUGACGAGCUAAAGACUGGCGAUGAGUCCUUUGAUAUACCUGGCAUAGCUCCCGUGGAGGCUGAAUGGACUGGUUAUCGCAGUGGAGUGGACAAGAACGCGCCCCAACCGGAUAUCUCAGAGACGGAGAAGUAUCACGAACUACGAAAAGAGGUUUCAUCUGAUACUACGAUAUUAUAUUUCCACGGAGGUGCCUACUUCUUGAUGGACCCCUGCACCCACCGUGUGUCUGUCUCGCAGCUGUCACGCCGGACUGGAUCCCCAGUGCUUUCAGUCAGAUAUCGGCUCGCACCACAGAACCCAUUCCCUGCUGCUCUGGUUGAUGCACUGACGGCGUACCUAUCACUUAUCCACCCACCACCAGGGGCAUUGCACGACCCGGUACCCGCCAACAAGAUUGUUAUCGCUGGCGACUCCGCCGGUGGAAAUCUGUCCUUAGUCCUGCUUCAGACUCUACUUACUCUUCAACGAUCUUCCCGCUCAAUCAAUUUCCAUGGCAAGGAAAUACCUAUUGAGUUACCGGCAGGUGUGGCUACUAUCUCACCGUGGUGCGAUAUCACACACUCUAUGCCAUCUGCUGUCCAAAACGCCAAAUUCGAUUAUCUUGUCCUGCCUACCUUUGAAGGAGAUAAAGCAGCUGCGUCUGCACCUUUUGCUCCGGCUCCAGUCCCGCCUGAUGCCGUAUGGCCAGUCUCUCCACCACGGAGCGAUCUGUACGUCAACGCGAAGACCGUACUGCAUCCUCUCGUUUCUCCUCUCGCUGCGUCUCCGGAUCUCUGGAAAAAUGCCCCGCCGGUAUUUAUCUCGACUGGAGAGGAGUGUCUCGCAGAUGAUGGCCUGAUCACUGCUCGCCGUAUGCACGAAGCGGGUGUAUCUGUUGUCGCGGAGCAGUUUGAAGGCAUGCCCCACUGUCAUGGACUCUUAAUGAUGUCUACACCAGCAGGUAAAAGGUUCUUCGAAGGGCUGUCAGAGUUCUGUCGUGAUGCCGGGGCUGGCCGCGUGGAACCCACUGGCAAACUCACUUAUCUCCCCUUUAAGCUGCAAUCAAUCCGAAAAAUUCCACUUGAGGAUGUCAGCGAUGUAGACGAUAAAGAGGUCGAAGCAAGGAUGCGGCGAUCUGCAGAGUGGCGAUUAGAGGGAGAGAAGGAGAUGCUAAGGCGUGAAAGGGCACGAUUAUAG